CUACAAGUCCCUUGACUACCAACUCUUGAAUCGUAAAGCACUGCAUUCUGUCGUGCUAAAUUGUCGUUUGAACAUAGGGAACGAGCGGGAGCGUGGUACUCGACAAGCUUUAACGAAAACUGCAUUGUUCGGGUGGCCUCAUGGCGACAGACAUUGUUUCACAGUUGGCUGACUCCUUGGCCAAAACAGGGGUUGAGGAAGGGGAGCUGAGUUACAAAGGACAAGCAAGAAAGCUUGAUGAUUUCCAAUCAGUUGAAGAAAUUGUAAAGGAAAUUGAAGACUUUGAAGGGCUCCAAGCGCUGCGAUUAGAGGGAAACACUGUUGGUGUGGAAGCAGCAAAAGCUAUUGCCAAAGCCCUCGAGACAAAGAGCCAGUUAAAGCGCUGUUACUGGAGUGACAUGUUUACUGGUCGCCUCCGUUCUGAGAUCCCACCUGCUCUGAAUUCACUAGGUGAUGCGCUGAUGCUGGCCGGUGCCAAGCUGACUGUUCUAGAUCUUAGUGACAAUGCCUUCGGACCAGACGGGGUGAAGGGCAUCGAGCGAUUGCUGAAAAGCUCUUCCUGCUACACUCUACAAGAACUUCGGCUCAACAACUGUGGCAUGGGCAUUGGAGGGGGGAAGAUCUUGGCUGCUUCACUGAUCGAGUGCCACAAGAAGUCUAUUGUAAAAGGCGCUGCUCUCAGCCUUAAAGUGUUUGUCGCCGGGAGGAAUCGUCUGGAGAACGACGGAGCAACCGCUCUCGCUCAAGCGUUCCAGUUAAUAGGCAGCCUGGAGGAGAUUCAUAUGCCCCAGAACGGUAUCAAUUACCCAGGCGUAGCAGCCCUGGCAACGGCAGUACAGCAUAAUCCAAACCUGCGCACUCUCAACCUAAAUGACAACACCUUCACUCAUGUGGGUGCCACUGCCAUGGCUAAGGCUUUAAAACAUUUACAAAGCAUCCAGGUGAUCAACUUUGGCGACUGUUUGGUACGUCCAGCUGGAGCCACAGCUAUUGCUAAGACGGUUUCAGAAGGACUACCGAUCUUGAAGGAACUUAACCUCUCUUUUGGAGAGAUUACGGAAGAAGCUGCACUGGCUGUGGCCCAAGCAGUCAAGAACAAGAAGCAGCUAGAAAAACUGGAUUUAAAUGGUAACUACCUUGGAGAGGAUGGCUGCAAAGCCCUGAAAGACUACAUGGAAGGCAUAAACAUGGCUGAGCUUCUGGCUUCUCUUAGUGAUGAUGAGGGAGAACCAGAAGAUGAGGAUGACGAGGAGGACGACGAUGACGAGGAGGAGGAGGAAGAGGAUGACGAUGACGAUUAUGAGGAUUUGGAUGAAGAAGAGGUAGAGGAGGAAGAAGAGGAAGAGGAUGAGGAUGAGGGAGAAGAGGAGCAAGACCAAAACACUGGCAAAGUGCUUUCCACACCACCAUCAGCACCGCGACCAUCAGAUGUCUCGUCCUUUCUCAGCUUCCCAUCUCCAGAUAAACUACUUAAGCUCGGGGCCAAAAGAGCAACACUGAUUGAGCAGCAGGUGGAUGUAACCGAUGCAAGGAAAACAGCUGAGGCUUUUCUCAAAAUUGCAUCUGUGUACAAAGAGGACAAUAAUGAAGUUAAGAAUGCAGUUUUGGAAAGUGUCGAUGCUCUGCUGAGGAAAGUCUUUUCUUCUUCCCUCCAAGGCUAUGAUUUUGUGUCCACUUUGCUAGUCUUGCUGGGACUUAUUAAGAGUGAGGACAAGGUGAAGCCUGUGCUGGUCGUAGCUGGUCACCUGCAGGCCUUAGAGCAUGCUGUCCGUCAGGACUACUUCCCCAAAGAGAGCGUGGCUGUGUUGGAGGCCUUCAUGUCCCGGUAAGGGCCUGACAGAAUGAGCCAAUCAGGAGGCAGCUUCCAGCAACAAAGUUUUGGAGUCCUGUGGGUCCUCUCGACACAAGCUUCAAUCCACCUUGCAGAGGACCCGUGCUGAAAGCUGAGGACAACAAAUGCAAAAAAAAACUUGGAUGACUUGAGGGAACCGGCAGACAUUUUAAAGAAUUUAAAUCUAAGUACAUCAUCAUCAUCCAGAUUACGGCACUUCUUUCAACCUGGAUAUUUGUCUUUGAGAUAUCACUUGGACUGUACAUGCAGUAUUUUGUUGCCUAACACAUAGACACCAUACCGUUCGUAACCUUUUGUGUAUUUAAAGGACAAAAAAUAUUGUACUGUGUACUUGAUCUGCGUUGUUAAAUAAA